AUUGUCGGUAAAUAGUUGUUACCUAUUAUUAGAACGAUUCAAUUAGAACAGAUCAGCAAAAGUAGAAAUAUGAAAUUCCAUAUUCCACUGCUUUGUUUGAUUGGCGUCAUCGUAGCAGCUCCGGAAUAUUCGUUCAAUGAGACAUCUAUCCGAGGACCGCGGAACGACUUCCGGCAAACGAUUAGCGAUGCGCUGGAGGGAAUGCACAAGGGUUUGCUGUUUCUUGUGUCCAACUAUGAAAUUCUGGAAGCAUCGGUAACGAAUAACUUGGCAGCAUUUCCGGACAUCCGGGCCACUCUGGAUGAUUUCACGCUGAACAUCAAUGGAAUUGUCGACACGUUCAUGGAGAUAUCGGCUCGGUUGUUGGAUAACGAAACCGUGAAGAGCAUGAUUCACGGGAAACAGAUCGACCAAUUAAACAGUAAUCAGAUUGGUGAUGAUGAGGUUAUCCAGAUUGAAAUUUAGAAUGCUCCAAGCACAU